UGCCCCACGUUUGUGGGCUCGUUUCAUAACAUCCGUCUGCAAAACAAUUCCCUGUUUUAUGUUACAUAGUUAUUCAGGAUUAACGUCAGUUAGAGAAAUGACCUGCAUAAAACUAAUAUUUUCUCAAAGACCUUGUCUAAAAGUGGGACGGCUGGUCGCUGCAGCUUUCACCUCCUGCAGACGUUUCCAUGGUGAACUAGUAACACGUGAAUCCGGCGCACUUCCGAUAAUUCAUCACAGCAAGUAUGUGUGCGACCUCCCACCCAACCACAGGUUCCCUAUGGGCAAGUUUCCGCGGGUCCUGCACUUUUUAAUCAAAGAUCAAGUCAUUACAGAGAAACAGGUGUGGGUCCCUGAAAUUGCCUCUAAAGAUAUACUCGGCUGUGUGCACACUGCAGAAUACUUGGACAGCUUCAUAAAUGGUAAAAUCAAUGAGCAAGAACAGAGGAGGACAGGUUUCCCCUGGAGUGAAGGCUUAGUGAGACGCUGUCGAUACGAAACAGGUGGGACUGUCCUAGCUGCCGAAGUAGCUCUGCAGAGGGGUCUGGCCUGCAGCACAGCGGGAGGAACCCAUCAUGCCUUUCCGAGCUAUGGUUCAGGGUUUUGUCUCCUCAAUGACUUAGCAGUUGCCGCCAAAUACCUGAUGGGCAUCUCCUCGCCUAAAAGGAGGAUUCUGAUUGUGGAUCUAGAUGUGCAUCAGGGUGAUGGCACUGCUUUCAUCUUUAAAGACGAGCCGUGUGUGUUUACAUUCUCAGUGCAUUGUGGGAAAAACUUCCCCCUCCGUAAACAACAAAGUGACCUAGAUAUCAGCGUGGAGGAUGGGCUGGAAGACAAGGAGUACCUCUCCACAGUGGCGGCCCACCUCCCCUGGCUGCUGGAGACUUUUCGUCCAGACCUGGUUCUGUACGACGCAGGCGUCGACCCUCAUUGGGAGGAUGAACUCGGGCGGCUUCGUCUGACUGACCAAGGGCUGUAUCAGAGAGAUCUUUACGUGAUGAAGACUGUAGUGAGCAGAGGUGUUCCUGUCGCUACCGUUAUCGGAGGAGGAUACACGAAAGAUAUCGACAAACUGGCCCUCAGACACUCCAUGGUCCACAGAGCAGCAACUCAGGUUUGGAGGGAGUGUGGAAUGUAAAACCUUCAUUCCCCAAAUCAAGAAAGCCCUCAGAGCAACUAACUGGUACUUGAUCUUUAGAAGCUAAUGCCAAUAUUGAUAAUAAUAACAACUAGUAUUCAGUAUAUAUGCUGUGCAGGUAAUAGCAUUACAUAUUUAUCAAUUAGGAAAAUAUUCUUUUGGACACAAAGGAUACCACCAUCUGGUCAGAGUAGCUGAGCUCUACUUAGGAUAUUUUAAUUUGGAAAUGUGCUGGUUAUGAGAGUGACUCCCUAAAUCAGUAUUUGAUAUGUUGGCUGAAUAUGUUGCUGUCUACUUUAUCAAAAUACUGUAUCUAUAGUAGCACCUGACUGUGUAACUGUAAUUAAAUAAUCUUAUU